AUGCAAAAGUUUCGCUUAAGACCAAAAAAAACCCACCUCUCGCCACUACACCCUAUAUUCAACCCGUCAAUACGACCUCCUAGACACUCCAACUUUCUUUCACUACCAAUCCUUAUAAUCACAUUCCUCUCUUUCCUUACGUCAAUAGUCAGUGCAGAUACUCUUAAAACUGUGGGUGCAUACCCAUGCUCCGAAAAUGAUUCCAGCAUCAUCCAUGUAUCAAAUUUCACCUUUAUUUUCGAUAGAUAUACAAACAAUGUCACAUAUUACGUGGAGGGAACUUCCACGGAAACUGUCUCCAUUAUCGCAUAUAUACAAAUAUUUGCCUACGGUAACAGACUUUUAAACGAACGCGUAAACUUAUGCGAUGAAAAAAUCUCAGAACUAUGUCCCAUUUCCGAAGGAAAUAUCAUCACCUCAGGUGUUCACAAUGUACCCUCUAAUUACACAGAAGCAAUAUCUACGGUGGCGUACAAAGUCCCUGAUAUAGAAGGUACCGUCACUAUCCAACUUUAUAAUGCAUCGAAUCCUUCCCAAAAUAUUGGAUGUUUUUCUUCAUCCAUUUCUAACGGUGUAUCAACUGAUAUCGCUGCAGUUAAAUUUCUUACAAUCGGCCUUGCAGCCGCAGCUUUGGUGAUUUCUGGGGUCUCUAGUGCUGCAAACAGUGCCUCCAGUAGUGCUGGAACCACACUCCCCCACAUUCCAGUUACUGGUGCUGAGGGCCAUACUGUUGCAGGAGGUGCAAAUGCCGCUGCUCCUACUUCGGGCCCUGGAACAAAUAUAGCUUCCGGUGGGUUUCAUGCGCCAGGCUUUGUUGAAUUUUUUUCAGUACUGCAGUCAAUCGCAAUUUCCGGAAUGUACUCUGUAAAUUACCCUAAAGCUUAUCGCAACUUUACUCAAAAUAUGGGCUGGUCGACUGGUGCCAUUACCUGGGCCGGUAUGCAAAAUUCAAUUGACGAUUUCCGUUCAAGAACUGGAGGAAAUUUAACCGCUUCAAACUAUACCAGACUUCAGGAAACAACUUUAAUAUUCGGAAAUCAAACUAAUGUUGAUAUGACAACAGAGAGCUUAUUGUCCAACACUACAGAUUCAUCAAAUGCAACCGAAACAACACGACGGUUAGUGAAAAAGUGGCUUGAUGACGCAGGUGUUUCAAUAUCAACCGAUUUGUUCAAUAGGGCCACUGCAAACAUUACUACAGCUUCUGAUUCCACUAAUUCGUCAUCCUCCUCUAAUACAACAAUUUCUACAAGUUCACAAAGCGAAAAAAAAUACGUUUCCAUUGUCACAGGAAUCAAAUCAUACAUGGAGUCGCUUUCAAUUCCUGACACCAAUACAUUCAUGACUUUACUAAUUUGGUGGGCUAUAAUAGUUGCCAUUUGCAUUGCUUCCAUUUUGUCUUUUAAACUUUUUCUUGAAAUUUGGUGUUUAAGAACUAAACACCCCUCUCGUUUUGAAGGAUUUCGUCAGCGUUAUUGGAUCUUUUUAGGCUCAACCCUGGUUCGAAUUACCACUCUUCUUUAUGGUGUUUGGGUUCUUUACUGUCUCUAUCAAUUUAAGAUUGGUGAUUCUUGGGGUACAAAGCUAUUGGCUGGUCUUACUCUUGGAAUCUUUAGUCUUAUUCUUUUGUUGUAUGCUGCUCGUAUUUGUUUCCUCGCCCAUAGAGCUCGUCGUGAGACCAAUGGACUUGAAUUUUUGUUUCUUCAUAAACCUUGGAUUCGGAAAUAUGGCCUAUUUUAUGACCAAUUUAAAGUAAAAUUUUGGUGGUCUUUUAUUCCUGUUUUUUUGGCUUCAUUUGGUCGUAAUGCCUUUCUUGCAUUAGGUUAUGGAAAUGGCUUGGUUCAAAUCAUUGGACAGUUGGUCAUUGAUGUUCUUUUAUGCGCAUUUUUUGCAAUUGCCUUACCAUUCAAUACUAAAAUGGGAAAUGGAAUUAAUCUUUCUAUCCAAAUUGUCCGUGUUAUAUCCCUCGUCUUUCUCUUGAUAUUUACUGUUCAACUAGAUAUUAAUCGAAUUGCAGUCACUGGAGUUGGAAUGGCUCUAAUCGUUAUUCAAGCUGUUCUUGCUAUUGUUUUGGCCCUUUUGAUUUUCACAAAUGCUAUUAUGGGUCUAAUAAACAUGACUUGUGGGAAUAAGCUUCGGAAAAGACGCGAACGAAAGAAAAUGGAAAAAAUGGAAAAGAAGCGUCUUAAGGCUGAACAAAGUAGCCGGAACCUCCUUAAAUAUGAUAAUCGUGCCGAAAAGUUAUCUGCUGAAUAUUCCAGUUAUGCUUCUUCAGAGCCAUCAAACACAACACCCCAAAGUCCAAAAGGUUUUAUUACAGCGGGAGAAGCAAAUCAACCCCCUGGUACUGUACCAACCCCCCCUGUUGAUUCAACCAGCAAAGCACUCAUUUCUAUAACAGAAACGCCUGUGUCAAACCCUUGCGAUCAAGAUGAUGCAAGCAACGAUAGAGGUUUUUCAUUUGUUCACGACUUGGAGUCUCAAAAUAAUAAUGUUCCUGUAACAGCAACAGCAACAGCAACAGCAUCAUCAUCAUCAAUGGUUCUUCCUUCCGAAAUGGAUUCAAAAAAUGAAAAAAUCGGUGGGUGGAAACGAGGCUUAUUAAUGCUUGGCUCAGUUGGGUUGUCUUCUAAAAGAAAAAAUUUACAAAAAAAUAAUCAAGAUGUCGAUUCUGAGAACCUUUCGAGACUCAGCGCAACGAGCCAAAACAGUAAAGUUUUUAAAAGCUAUCAUAAUACAGACCCCGUCAUUGGUAGCAGCAGUAGAAGUAGCGAAAGUGAUAAUUACAAUGAUCACAGCAACUUGAGCGGGAGUGAAGGUACCGGUGAUUUAAUGAACAAUGUUAAACAACGAUCAGUGAAUCCCAAAACAGUCCGUGCUUCUUUAAGCGGCGCCCCCGCUUCAACUGUUACUCCACAGCAAGCAUCUUUCGGUGACGAAAACAAUGUGACCAUAGACUCAGCUUCGUUUGCAAAUAGAAAUAGCUAUCGAAGCUCUUUCAGUGGUUCUGGCCUGGAAUCUAUUCCGCAGCAUUCAACCACUAACAGAUCUAAUUACUCAAGACCCUUUUCAGCAGUUUCAUCACCCUCAUCAUCAUUACCAUCAUCAUCAUCUCAAUUACAAAACUUGGGGAAUGCUCCAGUCUCUCAUGGCAAUAAAAACUCGGCAGGUUCUUUUGUGUCAGAUACACAUAACAACUUAAUAAACUCUAAUGCUGAGGAAAACCAAUACGCAUUACUCAGAGACCCAUUUGCAGAUUCAGCUCAAUAUGAAGAUGAUGAUUUCCCAUUCACCAAGCAAAUCAGUCAGCCUAAUCAGGGUGUCUUAAAACAUACAGAUUCUAGCAUAUCUUUUUCACAGCCAUCUGAGACUAGCGGAAGAAUAGCAAAUCCUAGUACCAACAAAGCAGAUGAGAUUCCUGGACAUGUUGAAAGACAAAUGUUUCAAGAAAUUGAUGACUUGAUACUCCCCAAAGCUUCAAAAAAUGUUUGUAACUCGUACAAAUGCUACUGGAAUGUCUAG